CAUCGCUCACCAUUAUCGCGUCUGCCGUGGUACCGAGCGGUCAUGCUGUGCAUGCGUCUGCUCCUGAUCACCCUGGCGGCCGCUGCCGUCCAGGGGAAGUACAACUACACGACCGAGUGGUUCGAGGUGCCCCUGGACCAUUUCAGCUUCCAGAGGAAUGAGACGUUCAAGAUCAAGUAUUUAGUGAACAAAGAACAGUGGGACGGCGGCGGACCCAUCUUCUUCUACACUGGAAAUGAGGGUCAAAUCGAGGUGUUCGCUGAACAUACAGGGUUCAUGUGGGAUAUUGCUGAAGAGUACAAGGCCCAACUCGUGUUUGCUGAACAUAGGUACUACGGCGAGUCCAUGCCCUUCGGCAACAAAUCGCUGAGCAACGAGUACAUAGGCUACCUGACAGCAGCGCAGGCGCUGGCUGACUACGCCGACCUCAUCAACUACCUCCAGGGCGGCCAUAAUAGAUACCCCGUUGUCGCUUUUGGAGGGUCAUACGGUGGUAUGCUGUCCGCGUACUUCCGCAUCAAGUAUCCUCACCUGGUGACGGGAGCUAUCGCCGCUUCUGCCCCCAUCCACAUGUACCCCGGCAUGGUGCCGUGCGGCGCCUUCGACAGGAUUGUCACCUCCAGCUUCAAGGUCGCCAACCAGAACUGUACAGAUAAUAUACGGAAGUCUUGGAAAGUUUUGAGAACCUACCUUCAAGCCCAAAAUAAUUCUGACGCGCUGAAGAAGAGCUGGAACCUCUGCGACCCAGUCAAGAACUCCACCGACGUGGAGACGCUGCUGGACUUCCUCAAGUCCAUGUACGAAACGCUGGCGAUGGUGAACUAUCCUUACGCGUCCGACUUCCUCAUGCCGCUCCCCGCGCAGCCCGUCCGGGUCGCCUGCCAGUACCUCAGCACCAAGCUGGAGGGAGACAAGCUCUUGGAGGCUAUCGGUAAAGUGAUCCAAACAUACUCGAACUACAACGGCAAGAACAAAUGUGUGGACUACAGGAUGGGCGACAAUUUUGGCAAUUUGGAUGCUUCCGGUUGGGAUUAUCAGGCAUGCACAGAGAUGGUGAUGCCGAUGUGCUCGACUGGCCGGGAAGACAUGUUCGAGCCGCACGCGUGGAACUACACCGAGUUCGCCGCCGACUGCCACAGGAAGUACAACGUGUGGCCGCGCCCCGACAGCGCCAGGAUACAAUAUGGCGGCGACAACCUUAAGGCCGCCUCCAAUAUUGUCUUCAGCAAUGGCCUGCUGGAUCCUUGGGCUGGAGGUGGAAUCCUCAACAGCGUCAGUAGCUCAGUAGUCGCAGUGGUGCUGAUCGACACUGCCCAUCAUCUCGACCUGAUGCCGAGCAACCCCCACGACCCACCGUCAGUGCUCAUGGCCAGAACUAUCCACAAACAGAAUAUCAACAAAUGGAUCAGAGAGUUCAGAGAAGGGCGAUGAAGUUUUUUUAAUAAAAGCUUCUGAGCUA